AUGCUAACUUAUCUUUAUGUUUUUGACAUGCUAAUUUAUCUUUAUGUUUUUGACAUGCUAACUUAUCUUUAUGUUUUUGACAUGCUAACUUAUCUUUAUGUUUUUGACAUGCUAACCUAUCUUUAUGUUUUUGACAUGCUAACCUAUCUUUAUGUUUUUGACAUGCUAACCUAUCUGUAUGUUUUUGACAUGCUAACCUAUCUUUAUGUUUUUGACAUGCUAACUUAUCUUUAUGUUUUUGACAUGCUAACUUAUCUUUAUGUUUUUGACAUGCUAACUUAUCUUUAUGUUUUUGACAUGCUAACCUAUCUUUAUGUUUUUGACAUGCUAACCUAUCUUUAUGUUUUUCCCAUGCUAACCUAUCUUUAA